AUGCCAGACCGCUGCCUACACCUUUGCUUCUGUGCUGCUCCUGCUUUGCUUCCCAUCGCCUUUCCUCCUCACCCUUCCUCCCUCGCCGAUCUGGUGAGUAACUCGCUCGCGCCCAAUCUUCCCCUCGCCCUUGGUGCUGCCAGCGCUUCUCAGGUGUCGGGGAUCGCGGAGCUCUCCUUCCCUCCUGCCCAUAACGAUUGUCUCGGUGACGCCACUCCUCCUCCCAUCUCCCUCUCUGUCCUCGCUGCAGAUCACGUUCUGGCGAGCGAUCCGGCGAGCGUGGCCCACUUCCCCGCCCCCCGUCAUGCUGGCGAUACGAAUCUGGCGAACGCGACUCGCCUCCACGCCUUCCCUCAUGGCGCUGGCGCCGAUCCGGCGAGCGUGACCCGCCUCCCCGCGCUCCGUGAUGCUGCUGACGCGGAUCCGGCGAGCGUGACUCGCCUCCCCGCCUCCCGCUGCGAUUCCUCCACGGAUCCGGCGAGCGUGACUCGCCUCCCCGCCUCCCGCUGCGAUUCCUCCACGAAUCCGGCGAGCGUGACUCGCCUCCCCGCCCCCCGCUGCGAUUCCUCCACGGAUCCGGCGAACGCGAUCCGCCCUCCCGUCUCCCGCUGUGAUACCUCCCCGGAUCCGGCGAACGCGAUCCACUUCCCCGUCUCCCGUCACGAUGUUGACGUGGCUCAGGCGAACGCGACCCGCCUCCCCGCCUUUCGUCAUGAUGCGGGCGCAGAUCUGGCGCGCGCGGACCGCUUCCCCGCUUUCCGUCAUUCUGCUGGCGCGGAUCUGGCGCGCGCGACGCGCCGUUGCCCUGCUCCCCGCCGUGCGCCUGCUGUCCAGAAACGUGCGCUUCCUUACGCGCGCUUCGUACGCCGCCAGUUCCGCCUGUCUCUUCCGCCUCGCCUGCCUUAG